AUGUCGCUCUUUGGCGAAGCCUACGGUUACCAUCCUCUUGCUCAUAAUGUCACGGGAGACCAGGGCCUAGACGCCCCUGAUAGCUGCGCCGAUAUGACCGAGUUUCUUGCCAACAAGCCCGGGUCCGCUUUUCCAGUCUCCAAGACCGCGCUCGACCUCCUGAGCAACCCGCUGCCUGCAGAUCUGCCAACUUGCGACAAAGACGUCUUGAUCGUCAUGGCGGCCUACCGUGGCGACCUGGAUCGAUAUUGCCGUUGCAUCUGGUCCACGGCGAGUUUGAAGCCAUUGUACGCGGCGUCUACCACAACACUCACGACGGCCAUCGUCGCCCGCUUCAUUAUGAAUGAUGACAUCUCUUGGGCGUUAACGGUCGGCAAAGGCGGGUUUGGUCAUUGGGAACCGGACUACCCGGGCCUGAUUUUCUUCCCCGACAUCGCCAACUCGGAUUUAUAUGAGGCUCUGGCGCGGGCAGUCCCCGCCAUGAGACCGGCCGUGGCGCGCGCGGCCAUAUAUGCCAACUACAAAGCCCUCUUUGACUUGGUGGUGACGGGACACAACGACGACUUUGAAACAGUCACGCCGAAUCCUGCGCUCUAUGCCGAGGCGUUGCAAAGCCCAGUACCACACUACCGCAACAUUCUAGAGCGCAUCGCCCGGGAAAGGGGUGUAUUGGACACCAUCAAGGAACCCUCACGAGAUGUUUUUUCGUGGGAGCAAGCGUCUUUGCGGAGAUGGGACGUCCACGUCAAGCAUAAUGUUCUCUACGCGGAAGUUUACCGCUGGCGAGACAUUGUGGUCGACUCCCAACCCUGCGACAUGGCCAUUUAUGACGGCGUGCGUUGCAAUGCCAUGGGGCUUGAGCGAUACCUCUCUCCCAGAGGAAUGGCGACCUACGAGCUGUUGAAGCGGGAAAGCAAGACUAUCAAGGGCCAAAUACAGUGA